GUCGAAUAGCAUUAACUUCUUGCUAAUAGUCAAUAAAGAUGGAUUCGUUCUCCAAGAAGGUUCGUACGUUCGAUGCGUUUCCUAAGAUUGAUUCGGAGCAUACUGUUCAAUCGAAGAGAGGAGGUCUCUCUACUCUUCUCACGGGAUUUUGUGCCUUGUUAAUUCUUUGGGUUGAAGUUGGUGGAUACUUGGGAGGAUACGUAGACCACCAAUUCAAGAUCGAUGACCAAGUGAAUACAGAUAUGUCAAUAAAUCUAGAUAUGCUUGUGGCCAUGCCAUGUGAGUUUUUGCAUACCAAUGUUAUGGAUAUCACCGAUGAUCGUUUUUUAGCAGCAGAGUUAUUGAAUUUCCAAGGUACUGAUUUCAUUUUACCAGAAGGAUUCCAAAUAAAUAAACACAAUGAUGCACAUGAUACUCCUGACCUUGAUGAAAUUAUGCAAGAAACACUCCGAGCAGAGUUUAGAGUUAGUGGUGCAAGAAUACACGAAGAUGCACCAGCCUGUCAUAUAUUUGGUUCGAUUCCAGUUAAUCAAGUCAGUGGUGAUUUUCGUAUUACCGGUAAAGGGUUUGGUUACAGAGACCGCCUGAUUGUUCCAUUCCAAGCAUUAAACUUUUCCCACGUAAUUAAGGAAUUUUCCUACGGUGAUUUCUAUCCAUUUAUAAACAACCCAUUGGAUUUCACUGGUAGAACUACCGAAGAAAAACUUCAAGCAUUUAAAUACUACUCAAAAGUUGUGCCUACGAUGUACGAAAGACUAGGUAUAGAAAUCGACACUAAUCAAUAUUCAUUAAGUGAACAACAUCGUGUUUACAAGACCGAUCCAAGAGGUAGACCUCAAGGUGUUCCAGGAAUUUAUUUCCAUUAUGAUUUUGAACCCGUCAAAUUGAUUAUCUCUGAAAAAAGAAUUCCGUUCCUUCAAUUUGUAGCUAGAUUGGGUACUAUUCUUGGAGGAAUAAUUAUUUUAGCGGGUUAUCUUUACAGAAUGAGUGAAAAAUUGAUCAAAAUCUUAUACGGGAAGAAAUACGCUGAGCGAGAUACUGAAAAGAAGAAAGGUGGUCUCUUAGAUAGUUAAUUGUAUCUAAUGUAUGUCUAUAUAUAUGUAU